AUGCAUGGAGAUAGUGUCUUAUACACUUUUGAAUGGCCUUCUGGAGCUUCCAAGGUCGUGGUCACCGGAACCUUCGAUAAUUGGAGCCAAUCUACGCAGCUUACCAAAUUGGACCCUGAUUCUAAAUUCAUGGCCACCAUUUCACUUCCAAAAUAUGAAAAAGCCUUAUUCAAAUACGUGGUUGAUGGGCAAUGGAUUACUAGCUCAAAACAUGCGGUUGAAAUAGAUUUUGCCGGUAUUCAGAACAAUGUUGUUUAUCCUGAAGAGUUAUCUAAGUUUACUAAUCCUGAUGACACUGAGAAUGAUAAGGAAAAUGAGAAUCCUUCCUAUAAGGAUAAUAGCAAUAAGACGGUGGAGAAUAAACUUGCUGAAGUAGUAGAAAAAAUUUCUCCUUCUGAGAGAAAAAAUUAUUCAGAAACUUAUUCAUUAAGCAGUAAUGAAACCUUGGAUACUGCCAGUAUUGGGAGGGCACCGAUACGCAAAGAAUCUCAAUAUGAUGUGGGAGAUCGAUCAGAAAAAUCGCAGUCCGCGGAAAAUACUCUGAAACUCUUAACUCAAGGCGAAAGAGAACUUAAAGAGAAAUCUCCCGAUCUUGAUGAAUCUGAUAAAAAGCAGAUAACCCGAUCAAAUAGUGAGUAUUCCAUGGUUACGUCGAUCCCAUCAAAUAAAAAAAACGCCGAGAAAUCAUUACAAUCUUGUAAUGUUGCUAUUGAUAACCAAUCUCAUUUUUGUGCACAGAAAUCUAAUACAGAAAGUAGUGUUUUCACGAGUAUUGAGCCACCAAUUCAUCUAGGGAAUAAGGAAGUUGGAAAUGGUAUGAAAGAAAUUGUUGGUGAUCAUACACCGUGUGAUGAUCAAGGCAUGAUUCUCAAUAGUUUACAUUUGGAUGACUUAGGAUUAUCUGCCAGCAUUAAAAGCAUAAGCAGUAAUGAGAUUUUUAGCAGUACCCAUGGAUCACUUUCACAUUUCAAUAUGAAUGGUUCUAGUGAAAAUAUUGAAAGUAACAAUGAACUAUCACAUUUUGAUGAGGCUUUCAUGAGUACAAUCGAGCACGAUCAUCCUACCCCUUCUAGAUCUAUUGGCCACAGGCAACUGUGGUCAUCUUCGAUUGUGUCUAGAGUUAAGAAAAUUUUCAGAUGA